CUAAAAAAAAAACGACUAGCUAUGUGGAUCUCUUAAUAGCGGCGUCUCAAGAAGGACUUCUCACUGAUUUAGAUAUCAAAGAGGAAGUUGAUACUUUUAUGUUUGAAGGUCAUGAGACUACAGCGAUGGGUAUAACAUUUGCUUUAUUAUUAUUAGCUGAACACAAAGAUAUCCAGGUACUUUUUUCAAAGAUAAACGCGUUAGAAUUGAAGUCCGUGAUACAAGAGAGUGGAGGAAAACUUACUAUGAGUUCAUUGCAAAAUUUAUUAUAUUUAGAUAGAUGUUUAAAAGAAACACUACGUUUAUAUCCUAGUGUGUUUCUUAUAUCACGAAAGGCAACGGAGGAUAUAAAAUUACAGUCAUAUAUGGUCCCUGCUGGAACGACUGUACAUCUUAAUAUUUAUGGAGUUCACAGAGAUCCUAAUUUUUGGUCAAAUCCAGAAAUAUUCGAUCCGGAUAGAUUUUUGCCCGAAAAGGUCCAAAAGCGUCAUCCUUAUUCUUAUUUACCAUUUAGCGCAGGACUACGGAAUUGUAUAGGACAACGAUUCGGUUUGUUGGAAAUGAAGACCAUAAUAGCUUCUUUGGUGGGUAAUUUUUAUUUAGAACUUGUUGAUUAUUUAAAGGAUCUCGAAAUGAAAACUGCUCUAGUACUUCGUCCUUCUCAUCCGGUUCGUAUAAGAUUUGUUCCAAUUGAAUGCGAACAAUUGGAAACAUUUGAAACAAAUACAAGCAGGACAGACGUAAGAAAUUGAUGUAUUGCAAAAGUGGAAGAAAAUUUUAUCCA